GCGGGGCUCUGCCUGCUGGGGACGGACUCGGAAUCCUUGGGAGGCACUGGGCCUGGCCUGGGCGGUGUCCGGGGCUGGGGCCGUGGCAGGAAGCCGGAAGCAGCCGCGGCCCCAGCUCGGGAGACAUGGCGGGCGUUAAAGCUCUUGUGGCUUUAUCCUUCAGUGGGGCUAUUGGGCUGACCUUUCUUAUGCUGGGAUGUGCCUUAGAGGAUUACGGCGUUUACUGGCCCUUGUUCGUCCUGAUUUUCCACGCCAUCUCCCCCAUCCCCCAUUUUAUUGCCAAAAGGGUCACCUAUGACUCUGAUGCAACCAGUAGUGCCUGUCGAGAGCUGGCAUAUUUCUUCACUACUGGAAUUGUUGUUUCUGCCUUUGGAUUUCCUGUUAUUCUUGCUCGUGUGGCUGUGAUCAAAUGGGGAGCCUGUGGCCUUGUGCUGGCCGGCAAUGCUGUCAUUUUCCUUACAAUUCAAGGUUUCUUUCUUGUAUUUGGAAGAGGAGAUGAUUUUAGCUGGGAGCAGUGGUAGCACUUUAUUCUGAUAGAAGCAUUGAGUUUCUUAGAAUUUUUACUGUAUAUAUAUGUGUGUGUGUGCACAUGUGGCAUUUUACUAUGGAAUUUAAUAUGCUGAAUUUUUUAUACCUUUCUAUCAUGUUCAUUUUAAGGAAGACUUCCUAAGGAUUAGUUUUAUUUCCGGAAAAUAGACUUCUCCAUUUACUGAAGUAAAAUUAUGUCAUUUGUUCACACAGUCCUGAUGCUCUCAGGAAUCAUUAACACUGUCUUACUGACAUCUGUCCACUUAGAAAUUUGUCCUGUCCCAGGUCUGUACCUGGGCUGGUAACACCGGAGCAGCUCUCUUAUGGCCCAGAAAGACAGAGGUGGUGCUCUUUAUGUGUUGUAGACCCUUGCUUCCCAAGUGUGGUCCACAGACCAAGGACAUCCACAGCUCUCAGAAGCGUAUUUAAAAUGCAGAAUCCGAAGCCCCACCCUGGACCCAGCGCAUUUUGAUGAAAUCCAGAAUGGAUCAGACCCAUGGUAGAGUUCGAGAGGCAUUGUCGCCGAGGAAUAAACACAACACUCCGCUUUCUUGUCUACCCCUUGGCUGAGCCACUUCACCUCUCUGGGUGUGACCUGCUCGUCUGUGAAAGGUGUUUCACCUGCGCUCCUGUUGUGACCACGCUCAGACUGUCUUUGGUGCUUGUGAGAAGUUCAACCCUAUCAUAGGUGGACUGUUCCUCACCUUUGUGGAAAGUCUUCUCGGUGGGGACCAAAUCUGCCGUCCCCUCAUCUCAAAGGGAAGUGGCUGUUUUCACAGUGCCGGGAGCACAAGAGAGCCCACGAGCCUCACCGGGAUGCGGGGAAGGAGGCUGGGCUGGAAUCCUCUCCUCGGCAGGGAGGAGAGAGAACAGACAGGUCAUGCUUGUUCAUUUCCCUUUAUAUGCCGGCAUUUCUCUCUGGUUUCAUUCUCAUGCCACCCUGCCUGCAGUCCUCAGUGGUUCCUGGUGACUGUGGCUUCUUCCAAUCAGCAAGCACAGUAGAAACUGUACUCCUUGUCCUUCAUGUCCUGUGUAAACAUAGAACUUUAUGCUGCCUUUGGAUCAAUCAUUGGGCAUACAUGUCUUGUUGGAUCCCACAAUCCCAGGUGUCUUUUUUAAACUUAUCUUUUUGUCCAAGACUUAUUGAGAAAGGGGACUACAGGAAACAGAAGCAACUGAUCAGAAUAUUACCAGUGGUAUUUAAAGGUUGUUGAUGUACAAUAGCUGACAUAAAUACAAACCUUCAGACUUCAAAGUGCAAGAUUGGAGUAAUUAGCACGCCCUUCAGAUGCUGACACGGUGCUGGGACCAGAAGAUGAAAGUGAAACCUAAAAGGACAAAGUGCAAUGUCAUUUUUUUCCUUUUUUUUUUUACUAUAUUGUUGUUGCCUGUGACCUUGUUUUCAAUGUUCUACGUAUAUACAGAGUUGUUAAGCUGUUGUUUCCAACAUUGACAUUGAAACAUCAUUUAGAUACUUUACACUGUUAACCAGCAUUUUUAAUAAUGGCACAUGUACCUAUUAUAUUGUAAUAUAUUUCACUUUUAACACAGAAGAAAAGAUUCAUUGUGAAAGUCUUUAUUCUGAUGUGGUCUUGCUUACAAGGUAAAGAAGUGGCAUUGUUUUGGUGCUUUUGAAAUGGGCAGUUUUAGCAGUAAUCCCUCCUACCAUGGAACAGGAGCAGUAACUUUGGAUUGGAUGUCCAGUUAGCGGUCAUAGCUUUUCUUUCCCUACAAUGGCAAUGGAGAUGUGUUCACACUACAUUUGGGGUUUAAAGCAUUACCUCUUGAUUGUGUUUCUAGAAUGAUGCACUCAUAUUUGGAAUAUUUGAAGUAAUAAGUUCUUAGAAGUGCCAUGUGUCUGUAAAGAGAGACAUUUGUUCCACAGUACCUAAGUAUCAUUUAAAUAAUAAAUAUCAACAGGAAAUCCUGCUCUAAAUGGAUGUACAAUACAAAAGUUUUGUCCUGGUGUCGGGAUACAAAUGCUGGGCUUUUUUUUCUCCUUUAUUAAAGGCUCCCUUUUUCCUCUAAAAUGUAGAAAAUAUUUGAAGAUUCAAAGCAUGUUGAUUAUAUUUUAAAACUGCGAGUGCACUUCAAACAUUGCACACCAGUAAGUCAUCUUAGGAGGGGAGUCCCCGAGACGUCACAGUUGUCCCUGUGAUGACUACUCACAAGCAGAAUGGAAAUGUGUUUUCUGCAGAACUCAUGCCAGUAAGUGGCAGUGGUGCUCCUGGGCCAACCCUUGGGAGCCAUGCAUCUGACUUGGGAUAGAGGAGGUAGCUGCCUGCAUCUGGGGUCUCAACAACAGGCUGGUGUGAACAGUUUGUGAAGACAGUGGAGAGUCCACCUCUUUCCUAAGAGCAAUGUGCUUCUCACCUUACUUCUGCACCCCUCUUCCAUCCCCUGCUGCCCUUGUGGUCCAGGCGUGCUGCUGUGAGUUUCACUCUCCACCUGUACCAGCUGGGGGCCUUCCUUUUAGGCUGCCCCUGCUCCUCAGGUUCUUCAUGUUCCAAAAUCAGCCCCUUCUACACCCUCAAACCAGUUUUAUUUCUUUCUUUAAGAUUUAUUUAUUUAUUUGAAAGAGUCAUAGAAAGAGAGGGAGAGACAGAUCUUCCAUCUGCUGUUUCAUUUCCCAGAUGGCUGCAAUGGCCUGGGCUGGGCCAGGCCAAAGCGAACAGCUUCAUCUGUGUCUCCCAUUGGGGUUGCAGGGAUCCAAGGACUUGGACCAUCUUCUGCUGCUUUCCCAGGUGUAUUAUCAGGGAGCUGGGUUAGAAGGGGAGCAGCCAAGACUGGAACCAGCACCCAUAUGGGAUACCUGCAUUGCAGGUGGUGGCCUUACCUGCUACGCCACAAUGCUGGCCCCUUGUGACCAGUUUUCUAAGUGCAGCUGAUAACAGUGUGGUAUCCGAAAGAAAGCAGUCUGAUCAAAGGUCUUCCCAGAAAGAGUUAACGAAGCUCUCGCCAGUGCCUGAGAUGGCCACCACAUGCUGUGGCUGCGUAUCUCUAACAGAGGGUGCCUCAUAGCCCACUGACUCUCAUGCACAGAGAAAGGCAGUGUUUCCAAGUAAGCUGGAAGCAUGUCCCAGAGGGCAGAGCCAUCCUAUCCCAUCCCCUCCUCAGGGGAGCCCUCAGCCUGCCUUGCUUGUCACAGUUGUUUCUCCUUCGUAGAGGCCUCAGGAGUCCCUGCCUUGAAGGUGUCCUGAAGACUUCAAGAGGCUGACAGGCUUCGUGAUGUUAGUGACGUUCGCUGUGUGCUCGGGGCAGUGUUCAGGUGGAAUCACAAAACUGUGCUUUUUCAAAAAUCAGGUUUCUUUUCUUGUAAUUUGAAAAGCAGAGAGAGGGCCGGCGCCGCGGCUCACUAGGCUAAUCCUCCGCCUAGCGGCGCCGGCACACCGGGUUCUAGUCCCGGUUGGGGCGCGGGAUUCUGUCCCGGUAGCCCCUCUUCCAGGCCAGCUCUCUGCUGUGGCCAGGGAGUGCAGUGGAGGAUGGCCCAGGUGCUUGGGCCCUGCACCCCAUGGGAGACCAGGAAAAGCACCUGGCUCCUGGCUCCUGCCAUCGGAUCAGCGCGGUGCACUGGCCGCAGCGCACCGGCCAAGGCGGCCAUUGGAGGGUGAACCAAUGGCAAAGGAAGACCUUUCUCUCUGUGUCUCUCUCUCACUGUCCACUCUGCCUGUCAAAAAAAAAAAAAAAAAAAAAAAAAAAAAAAAAAAAAAGGCAGAGAGAAACAGAGAUAGACGCAGAGGGAACUUCCAUCUGCUGGUUCACUCCCCCACCUGACUGCUACAGCUGGGGCUGGGUCAGGCCAAAGCCAGGAGCUUCACACAGAAGCCUGGUCUCCCACCUGUGUAGCAAGGUCCAGAGCACUUGAGCCAUCACCCACUGCCUCCCAGGGUGCACAUUAGCAUGAAACUUGAAUUAGGAGCAGAGCCAAGACUUGAACCCAGGCCCUACAAUAUGGGAUGUGGGCAUCACCAGCAGUGUCUUAACUGGUGCCCCAAAUAUCUGCCCUGCAAAAGUUAAAUUUUGUACCCUAAUAGAUCCUAACUAUGCAUAAGCAUGCUAGCAUUUUCCAAGCAUUGUAAUUAGUUCACAACUGGAGCACAUUAUUUUUGUAGAUGAAUAUGUUAUGCAUUUUAAUUCUUUUCCAUUCUGCUUCAUGAAUACUUUAUUUACAGCUCAUGAGCUGUAAUCUACUUUCAAAGAGCUGUGCUGCUGGGGUGGAGCAGUGAUGAGAGUUAAGCCCAAAUGUGAGGUGAAAGAUCUCUGAGAUUGCCUUAAAACACAUUUUAUAUGUGUGAUGAGGAUCAUUAUGUUUAUAUAAAACGUGUCAUUUAUACUUCAAUAAAAGCUUUUAUAUAAUUA